AUGAGCGCCGCUUUGCGUCGCAGUCGGCGGCAGGAGUCUGCAGAGGUCUACGGCCCGGAAGGUCCCUCGGUCCGCGUCGGGAGAGACCCCGGGGCUGGAGGGCGGGGUGGCAGGGGCGAGGGGCAGCGCCAGGGCGGGCAGGGAGACUCCGGAGCCCGGGGGCCGGGUCCUGUGCCCUCACCCCGACCUUCAGUGGCUCCCCAGUGCCUCCUGAGCAAGAGCGUGGCCGCCGCAGCCUCCGCGGACCGUGGUGGGGAGAAGUCCCCUGAUGACUUUGUGGGGUUUGCACUAGAUGGGCUGCAGAGAAGGACAUUCAUCGGACAGCCAGAUCUGCAGCCUGUGAUGCCCAAGAAAGUGGCUGCUGACUCUCAGCGUUCUCACCUCUCCUCCUUCACCAUGAAGCUGAUGGACAAAUUCCACUCACCCAAAAUCAAGAGAACACCAUCAAAGAAGGGAAAACCAGCUGAAGUGUCCGUGAAGAUUUCGGAGAAGCCUGUGAACAAAGAGGCAACAGACAGAUUUCUACCAGAGGGCUACCCUAUCCCCUUGGAUCUGGAGCAGCAGGCAGUAGAAUUUAUGUCCACCAGUGCUGUGGCUUCCAGGUCUCAAAGGCAGAAGAACCUGAGCUGGCUGGAAGAGAAAGAGAAAGAAGUUGUCAGUGCCUUGCGCUACUUUAAGACCAUUGUGGACAAAAUGGCUAUUGAUAAGAAGGUCCUGGAGAUGCUUCCAGGGUCGGCCAGCAAGGUGCUGGAGGCCAUCUUACCCCUGGUGCAGAGCGAUCCUCGCAUUCAGCACAGCUCAGCCCUCUCCUCCUGCUACAGCCGAGUGUACCAAAGUCUUGCCAACCUCAUUCGUUGGUCUGACCAAGUGAUGCUGGAAGGCGUGAACUCAGAAGAUAAAGAGAUGGUAACAACUGUGAAAGGGGUCAUCAAGGCCGUGCUGGAUGGAGUGAAGGAGCUGGUCAGACUUACCAUUGAGAGGCAGGGGCGUCCGUCUCCAACAAGCCCAGUGAAGCCCAGUUCCCCAGCUGGCAAACCUGAUGGCCAGGCUGAGCUCCCCCUGACAGACCGAGAGGUGGAGAUUCUAAACAAGACGGCUGGGAUGUCGCAGUCAACCGAGCUGCUCCCAGACUCCACGGAUGCGGAGAUUGCACCUCCCAAGCCCCCUUUACCUGGCAUUCGAGUGGUUGAUAAUAGUCCUCCACCAGCGUUGCCACCCAAGAAAAGGCAGUCAGCUCCGUCUCCUACCCGAGUGGCUGUGGUGGCCCCCAUGAGUCGAGCCACCAGCGGCUCCAGCCUACCUGUCGGGAUUAAUAGGCAGAGGCGACUGUCAGGAGGCAGCCACUCGUAUGGCGGAGAGUCGCCCCGCCUGUCCCCCUGCAGCAGCAUAGGCAAGCUCAGCAAGUCAGACGAGCAGCUGUCCUCUCUGGACAGGGACAGCGGACAGUGCUCCCGGAACACAAGCUGUGAAACUCUAGAUCACUAUGAUCCCGACUAUGAAUUCCUCCAGCAAGACCUCUCUAACGUGGACCAGAUACCUCAACAAGUGGCUUGUAACCUUAGCCCGUUGCCGGAGUCCUCGGGGGAGUCUGGGUCUCCAUUCCUCAGCCAUCCUUUCCAGCUGCCUCUUGGCAUCUGUCCCCAGCCAGAGGGGCCCUUGGCCCCAGGACAGCAGACAGACACGCCACCUGCUCUUCCAGAGAAGAAGCGCAGGAGUGCGGCCUCCCAAACCACGGACAGCUCUGGCUGCAGGGUGUCCUAUGAGCGGCACCCCUCACAGUAUGACAACAUCUCUGAAGAUGACCUGCAGAACCCAGCCCCAGUCCAGUGCAUCCCCUUCACAGCCUUUGCUGCUAUCCUCCCUUUUCAGCAAGGAGGUUCCUCAGCCCCUGUCGAAUUUGUGGGUGACUUCACUGCUCCUACAUCAACGGGUGACCCAGAAAAGCCACCUCCUCUACCAGAGAAGAAAAACAAACACA